AUGACAGAUAUGCAUCAUUAUUCUCCUAUCUCGAAGAAUACUCAAAUGGAUUUUAUUGUUAUUCGUUUAUUGGCUAGUGAGGUGGGAUGGCGUUGGGAAGUUCCAGCAAAGACUGACAAGUCUAAAGUUGUCGAGCAUUCAGGUAACUUUCUUAGUAAACGUUAA